CUGCAAUUCAACCAUUAAAAUACAGAAAAACUGUUAGCUUUGACGUUUACAGUGUCACAGGAUGAGCACGCUCCAUUGUUUCGCGAACUCUUCUGGGAUUUGAGUAUAAAAACAAGAUAAUUUGGUGUAUGGUGUUAAGCCAAUGCAAUAUCCCACAGUGAAGAUAAGACACGACGUCGCUAGAUGUUACUUGGAAAGUAAUUCUAAAUACCACUAAUUGGAUUGCAAUUGGAACAUGUCACGUGUUACGAAAAUUAAACACGUUCUAAAGGAACAAGAGGCAGACGAUUACGAAGUGCCGAAAGAAAAUCAGCGCAUCGUCCGCAUCGUGGCUAGCAGGGGGAACAAUUUGCAUGAAGUCGAAACUGCAGAAGACAACGAAGAAAGCUUUCUAGUAUCAAUGCCUGUAAAGUUUCGCAAAAAUGUGUGGGUAAAGCGAGGCAAUUUUGUACUGAUUGAACCAAUAGAGGAAGGCAAUAAGGUGAAGGCCGAAAUAUGCCGAAUUUUGACACCGACGCACAUCAAGAUCUUUGAAAAGGAAGGUGUUUGGCCUCGAAAGUUUAGCAAAAAGCGAGAAUUAGAAGAAAACUUGGACGAGGAUGGACUAUUUCGAAAUACCAACCGGAAAUUUGUUGCUCAAAGCUCAGAUGACGAUGACGACGAAGAUGAGGAUGAGGAUAGCGCGAUUGAUGAAGAUGAAGAUGAUAGCAUUAACGACGAUAGAUGUAACAAAUAAAGCAUCUAGAGCACCAAAAUGAUGUCCCUAAUGCAUGGCUAAACUCUUGAUUCGAAUGCACGUUUUCUGGCAUAACGGCGUACAAUGCGUUUAUUAGUUUAUAAGAUGGAAUUAUCAAUUAUACACGUGUAUGUACAUUUGUAAUUGCGUAUGCUUAAUUUUAUUUGAAAGAAUGAUUGUUUAUCAAUCAUUUAGCACUCUUUCAUAUUUUAGCUUUGGCUUUUGCGAGAGACAGAGCGAGCGAUGAGAAUAGAACGUAACAAUACGUUUCGACCUAUUGACGUAGAAGUAAAACUCCUUUGUACGGUUGAUUCAAACGUUGCGUACCAACGCUGUCUA